CACCUGUCUGUCUAGGCCAGCCAUAUCGUUCUCUGAUUUAUUGCAAUGGGUUCUCCAAAUACGCCUUCCGCUGAACACAACAUGCCAACAACUGUCCACCCUCCGUCUCCUCCAAACCCUUCCGCCGACCAUGGCGUCAUCCCUCACAUGGCCUCUCCAGACGCAAACGCUCCUUCGCCUCCCGCUGGAGACUGGGAUCCUUCGGAAGUGGCUCCAGAAACAGCCAUGAAGCUUCUGUGUCGUGCAGUCACAUCCCUUGCUUUCGCUACCGGAGACGUUCCACCAACACCUCCGGUCAGUAGGCCUUCAACCCCUCGAAGAUCAUUAGGCAACAACACACGACCCAGAACUCCCUCAAGACCAGCGACACCCGUAUCCUCCGCCGACCUGACCAGCUUGGCCCAUAAACAUAUACAACUUGGUAGCCCAGAGGCAUGUGAACAAGAGCCAGCGACCGUUGUAGUUGGGCACGACACAGAGGAUGUGCAGCUCCAGCGCAUUUCAAUAGCAAGGAAGUUCUUCUCGAAGAGGCCUCCGGCCAUAAGCCUCGAAGAUUAUCUACUGCGCUUACAACGCUACUGCCCGAUGUCGACUGCAGUCUACCUCGCCGCGUGCGCGUAUAUCUACAAAUUGGCUGUGGAGGAUAAGAUUGUUCCCGUCACUGGAAGAACAAUACACAGACUGGUACUUGCGGCAUUAAGAGUUGCGAUGAAGGCGCUCGAAGAUCUCAAAUACCCACAUUCGCGAUAUGCUGGUGUCGGAGGAGUGUCAGAGCGGGAGCUUCAGCAUCUGGAGAUCAGUUUAUGCUACCUCACGGACUUUGACUUGCAAUUGUCGCAAGAGACCAUGGUACGGAAGACGACCAUGCUUCAGCAAACGGCAGCUCAGCUAUCCGCGGCUCGAUCAAAACUCCCCCUCUCUUUCCAGCUGGACCCAAACCUCCCGCUACGUGUGAAGCGCGCAGCAGUGCAGGUGUAGGUGCUAAUUUCGGAGUUUAAUGUGUUAUGAAAUAUUGGAUGCUUACACGUCGAUGGCAAGGCGUUCACGGAGGCAAAGAUUCCCCAUCCCCCCCUGGAGCGCAAAAGCAUCCGACUCCACGCGAUACCCGUUUCAUGUAAUAAUAUCAUCAUCAAAAUAGCUCCACGGCAGGGCUGUACGUAUAUAGUACAAUGAAGCCGCAGAGGCGUGUUCGAAUCUGCUACUCAUGAGGUGUUGCAGGCCAUGAUAAUGUUUUGUAAUUGAAAAGAAAAAAGUCUCAAAUGUUGCACUUUUUAGUGA